CUCCCUCGACAAUUGUGUUGGUUGAGUCAAAGAACCAACACCACUUUUAGUCCAGGAUCACACUUAACAAUGGGAAAGAAGCGCGCAAGAGAGGCUGAUGGCCAGACCGAGCCUGCAGGGGCCUCUGGAGACAAAAUGGACCACGACGGCAGCUCAGACGACGAGGACUUCGACAUCGUCAACGUGGAUUUUGAGUGGUUCAAUUUUGACACGGAGAUUGACUUUCACGGCGUCAAGGGUCUUUUGCGGCAGCUCUUCGAUGUCGACGCCCAGCUGCUCGACAUGUCUGGGCUCACAGACCUGAUGUUGCAGCAGAAUACAAUCGGCUCGACGGUCAAGGUCGACUCCAAGGCCAACGACGCGUAUGCAUUCCUGACGGCGCUCAACCUGCGCGAGCACAGGGAGAAGAAGCCUGUGGCGGACCUGGUGGGGUACCUCUCGGGCAAGGCGGCGCAGUCGGGCAACGAGGCGCUGGCCUCGACGGUGCCCAAGGUCCUCGCGGAGAACCACGUCGGUCUUGUGCUGGGCGAGAGGCUGAUCAACAUGCCGCCCGAGAUCUCGCCGCCCAUGUACAGCAUGCUGGUGGACGAGAUCGAGGCGGCCGUGGAGGACAAGGAGCCGUACGAUUUCACGCACUACCUGGUCGUGUCCAAGACGUACAACGAGGUGCAGUCGAUCCUGGACGAGGGGUCGCGGAAGAGCAAGAAGGCCAAGGAGGAGGCGCCCAUGUUUUACUUCCACCCGGAGGAUGAGAUAUUACAGAAGCAUGCGGUCGCGACUGGGAGUUAUCCUUUUACCAAAGACGACGAAAACUCGGCGGAUAGCAAGAGGGCGUUCCAGGAGAUGGGUGUCAGGAGUAUGGGCUACAUGACGCUGAUCGAAGCCGCCAAGUUCCCAGCUGCGGUGAAGGCUGUGGUGGAAUACAUGAGCCCCCAAUGAAUGAACGAAGAGACAAAUUUGCACCCAUGAGCAAGAAGGUGG